GUGAUCUUGUUCUUGGCCGACACAGCCGUCAUCGUCGUCGCCAAAUGGCGGCCGGGUGGGUUAAGUCGCUGCACUGCAAGUCUAAUGCUGUGGACGACGUCGUAUACAACCGGACGCCGUCGUCUUCGUCUUCUGCUAGGAAGCCGUUGCUCUCCUCCGUCUCCUGCAGCAACACCUCUCACGCCAUUAAGGACGUCUUCCUCUUUCCAAAGUACCUGUCCUCGUCGGCUUCGUCCUCGUCCUCGCUUCCGAAGAAACCCCGGCCUAAGGCGAGGCCCAAGUCCAAGCCUAAACCGACGUCCGCCCGUCCGCCCGCCUCGCCGGCGGCGGGACUCGUGGGGCCGGCCCACGCGGACCCAUUCCCGACGCUGGCGGAGCUUCCCACCGGCCACUCGUCGCGGCGGGUGGUGGAGAUCAUCUUCAGCUCGAGCUGGUCCUCCUCCGGCGGCAGGCCCGCCGCGGCGUUCCCGGGCGAGAUCGAGAUGCUGUUCCGGGUCCACAACCCGGCGCGGACGGUGGCCCGGUUCGAGGAGCACCGCGCGGCGGUCCGUGCCCGGUCUGACGACGCGCGAUGCGCCGCCGACGGCAACGAGAUGAUGCGGUUCCACUGCGGCGUCGGCGGGGGUGUCGUCUACGAUGCCGGGGUGGCGUGCAGCGCCGUGUGGUCGGCGGGGGGGAAGGUGGAGGGUGUCCGGACCUUCGCGGGGAGCGGCGGAGCGCACGCGAGCGGGGGCGGCGGGACCGGGCGGAGGGCGAUGCUGGUGUGCCGCGUCAUCGCUGGCCGGGUCAAAGCCGAGUUCGACACCGAAUCGGAGGCCGAGUCGGUGACCCUGGAGAACGGGGAGCUUGUGGUAUUUGAUCUCAGGGCGGUGCUUCCUUGCUUCCUGAUCAUCUACAAGCUCUAAACUCAAAUCCGUAGUAAUCAUUUUCGUCCUCUUGUUCUCUCUUCUAUUCUUGUGGCGAUUCUCUCAACUCGGGCUACUGACUCGGUGGUGAACAGUGUGUUUUUCUUGGUGUAAAAGCUUCUCCUUUUUCUAUCUGAAGGUAUAGAAUCACUUUUCAUGGGUU